AUGGCAAAUUCACUGGACCAGAGUCCGGACAAGAAAGUCAAGGUGCUCGGGGUACUUGGCAACAGCUUGGUAGUGAGCUUCGUUGCGUGCGUGGACUUGGCUGCUUUGCCAGUCGUCAAGACCUUGUUACUCAGUGAUCCCGUGUUUGACCUGCUGGACAUCGUGUCGACCAAGACGUUCAGACAGUUCGCGCCGUCUUGGAUCUGCGCGAAGAGUGUACUUCUGGACAACGGACUAGAAGAAGCCAACGUGGCUGUUAUCUUGCGUUUGUUCACGCUGUGCACGUUAUCUACGGGUUUCCAGGCGAAUCCUUAUGCUGGCGUGGCGAUGGCCCUCGAUAUGGGCGAAGAGGCUGUGGAUCAAAUGGGUGGUGCUUGCCAUUACGGCGGGGCUCGUGAAUGCGAAGAUUGA